GCCUGCAAUUAUAAUGGGCGUGUUUUAUUUUGACCACGCCCACGCUCGUUAUUACCACACCUACAAUAUCUCUCGCUCAAAAAAUGGCUGCAGGUUUGUACAUGUUGUAGCCUUACUAGUGUCGCUCACGGCUGGUAUAAUAAUGGGGAGCUCCAAAAAGCACAAGAGUAAAAAACACAAGAGCUCUGGCGGGAGCAGCUUCGAGGAAAGAGAUAUCAACAGAGUCACAAUGUACCUACGUGUCCCUCAAGGGGACGAAGAAUAUGAAUACGAAGAUGAGGAGGAGGAGGACGAAGGUGAGAGCGAAGAGGGUCUUCUUGUCCAGCUUCCUUUGGAAGACAUUGCCAGAGCCAGAAUGGGCAUGACCGAGUCUCGAUCGCAUCACAAAAAGAGCAAAAAAUCAAAGAAGAAACACCAUCGACACGCGCCCUCUGUCCCAACUCCUGCAAUUCCAUUCACUGAUGAUCUUUUAAGAGCAACAGGAUUGGACGAUAUCAGUGAUGAAGAAUUUGAGGAAUCGCUUGUGCAAGGUGCUGGUCACGACUCGGGAAAAUUUUCUUCAUAUGACAAGGCACCGAAUCCCGGGAAAAAAUUCCCCCAUGCUAAACUAGAGUCGCCUUCUCAGAGCUUAAAGGUUGAGAUUGAUCUUAAUCGACUGUCGCUGGGGAAACGGAUGUUGCCUGGGAAACCGUUACCAGGGAAACGACAGUCUUUGUCCUCUUCGGAACAAGAGCUAGCUAAACCGCCUGAUUUGACUUCACUGUCGUAUCAUGCCACGCCCUCUCUGCUCAAACAGACUCCGCCCGGUUACGAAUCACGUCCUCUCUCUUCGUCUUCUGAAAAGAAAAAAAAGAAAAAGAAAGGAAAGCAUAAACAUAGCCGACAUCUUGAAGCCCCACCCCCUCUCGUGAAAAAGGAGGAGCCAAUGGAGGAUGACUGGAUGGGGUCUGCUUCUCCUCUUGGACUUUCUUUUGACGAUAGCUUCUCGUCUUCUAAAUCAUUUAAUGAGAUUAGUUCCACCUCAAGACCCAAUGAAUUAGCCACACAAUCAGUUCUUGCUCCACCAGCACCUGCUCCACCAGCACCUGCUCCACCAGUACCUGCUCCAUCAUUAGCAGCAGCAGUGGAGAACCAACCUUCAAAUAAAGCUCCUCCUGUUUCACCCCCAGUCUCUUCCACUCCCUCUUCUCACAUUAUUGGUACACGACUACCUCCCAACGCUCUCAAGUAUUUCCUGAGACACUUGCACAAUCAGUUGUGUCGCAAUGACCCCGAGGGGGUUUUUGGUGAGCCGGUGACCGACGAGAUAGCCCCUGGAUACUCUGCCAUUAUCAAGCAACCAAUGGAUCUACAAACUAUGAUGAAUAAAGUUGAAUUGAAUGAGUAUCCAUCAGUUAAUGAGUUUAAGGAGGAUUUCAUUAUAAUGUGUAGCAAUGCUAUGACCUAUAACUCACCUGAGACAGUUUAUUACCAAACUGCUAAGCGACUACUCAAUCUUGGACUGAAAAUGAUACAAAAGGAGCUAUCAAUUCGUCCUGAUAUCCAGCACGGUCUCGUACCACUCACCCAGCCCCUUCCUCUCUCUACCUCGUCCUCCCCUGUUGAUUACUCAAGUCCUUUUCUCUGCAGGAUCAAUCUCUCCAUGCUACCUCCUCCUCCUCUAUCAUCAGUAGGAGCAGGGCCUCCUGGCAGUAAUCCAGCUUUGUCUGAUGAGAAUAAUACCGGUAUUAUUGAUGUGUCUGGUGAGAUUAUAGAACCCACAGUUGAUCAGUCUUACUUAACUCGUGUUCAAGUUGGUUUUGAUACUGAACUCUCACCCCCUCCUCCUCCUCCUCCUCCUCCUCCUCCUCGUCCCAUAGCCCCAGUACCAAUAGCACCAUCACAAAUCCCACCAAUCACAUCAAAAAGAAUGAAGCAAGGCCCAGUAACAAGAACAUCUCACACAGGAUCACAUAAAUCACAUCUCACACCAAACUCUUCAUCACAUGUAGCACAAGUAUCAUCAUCAUCAUCAUCAUCAUCAUCAUCACAGUUCGUCUCAUUACAAACUCCAUCAUCUUUAUACUCAGCUCCUCUUCACUUACCAACCGACUCUCUUAAGACACUAGGUAGCAGCAGCCCUGCUGUAGGAGAAUUAGAGACACCAAUGAUACAGGAAGGAGUGGGGCAGAAAGGCAAUGGUGGGCCUAAUUUAGAAGAAGAGGAUAUUCUCUCUCAAGUUGAUGAAGCUACGAAGAAUUUGAGAAAGAGACAUGGUACCUCCUCACCUGCUGAGUUGAGUUUUCUUAAUCAAGAGGAAGAUGGAGAGGCUUACCUUCACAUACUCAACCCUCAUACAGCAAAAAGUUGUCUUCCUGUUGAUCUCACUUCGCUCUCUGAGAAGAUCAAAGCUGGCCACAGUGCCUCUACUGUGCUGACCAGUGAGCUACCAGUCUUUAAAGCAACACCUGUCAGUUAUUUGAUGUAUGGUCCUUUUGGCUCAUUUGCUCCUACAUAUGACACAGCUUUUGCCACGCUAAGCAAAAAUGACUCUUCCCUUCUUCUCUCAACAUACGGCAGUGAAUUGGGAGUCAGUUAUGCCAACAGUCUACAGCAGUUUGUGAAAGGCUGUGGGAGUUUUGCUCUAGAGAUGGGCAACGCCAUUUUGAAUAGUCUGACAAGCGGGAGACACGGAAGAAUGCAGGAGACUAUAUCAAGACAGAAAGACGAGACAGAUAAAGAGACAAACAAGCCACCAACAUCAACUACAGGGAGUGAAGAUACAAAUAACGUGAUUGAUAAAGAUAAACAGAAGAGUAACGAUGGAGUUGAUACUGCACAAGAAGAUACUGAACCAAUGGAAACUGAACAAGAGGAGUCUCCAGGGAUUCCUGAGGACCAGUCAGAUGUACAGGAUACUAUUGACAAAACAAGCAAGUUAAUUGUUAAUCUCGAUGACAUUCAGAGAGAGCGUCUUUCGAAACCGCCUUCACUUGACAGCAAAGGACAUUACGUGUUACCUCCACCUUCUGAACAAGAAAUUAAAACAGCCUCUAGUAUCACAUCACAGUUAGUGUCAGUGGCUUCAAAGGUCCCUCCAUCCCAACUUGUUUCAGUAUCUAGUCUACGUAAUGCAAUGGGCACAGAGAGACAGGAUUCAUCACAACCUAUGAGUAACAACACAUCUCGAUCAGAUGGAGUAGGAGUGGCUUCCUGUUCGAUUGCUGGAGGGCCAUUACAGGGCCAAGAGCAACAGGCUCAUUCUAAGACUAAUUAACACAUUCUUCACACUACUCAUUCUCAUGUUGAUUGCCACAGCCCACUGGGAUUACCUUAUUUGGUAAAAUCAGAAGAGCAGUGGUUUACACACAUGCACUGCACACACACACACACACACACACAGUUGGUAUAUUAUUAUAUUCAUGAAAAUGAAUACAUACUUGUGUUUAGGGGAAUGUUGUAAAAAAUAUCAAGAAUGGAUUGAAUCACUAAGUAAUAAUUAUUAUUAUUCUAAUAAUUUAUAAAUUUAAACAAAAUUCCACUAAAGUGUGAGAAAAGGUGGAAAAGAAA